AUUACUAUUGUUGUUAUUAUGGAAUAGGAUGUCCCUGUUUUCACUGGAGAAACGUUGGAGGGGAAGCUAGGUAGAAUUGCAGGUGGUGACAUCCGUUGCUUCUCCUCCUCUCCCUAUUACAAAAUAAGCCCCUGAUGUAGCAGAUAUGGGGCAGAGGCCUGGUCAGUAUGCCAGCAAGAAAGGCAAAGGUGAAUUCCGCUGCGUCCUGCCCCAGUUAUCAGGCCAUGGCGCUGUGUCAAUCCAAGAGAAAGCUGACUUCAUGAUGACUUAGGGCUGGCUCAGUUCCUUCUUGGAAUAGUUAACCGGGGGCAACUUGCUGAUGGGUCAAAAGUCACUGAAAUCCUCGAAAUAAUACCUUGGGCUGGAGUCCCAUUCUUCCUUGCUACCUCACUGUCCUGCGUUGUGCUGUUUGUCAAGGAAAGCCUAGAGAGCUCUCAGCCCACCUGACCAACGACCAGGGACAGAGCAACAACUUUUCCUGCGGAAAAUGGCAGCCCGUGUCUUCUCUGACUUGGGCAUUGGGUGCUGGACCAGCCCUCGCCAUCUCUUGGAUGGUGGCUGCAGAAGGGAGGCGAGGACGUGGCCCAGACGGCGGUGUUUUCUCUUGGCAGAUUCGGUACCAGCGAGUGUUCCAAAUGAUCUUCGUGGUGGGGAUGGGAGGAACCUUCCUGAUCGGCUUCCAGAUCUCCGUGAUCAGCUAUCCCUCUCAGUACAUCAAGACAUUUAUCAACCAGACAUGGGUCAAGCGGUAUGGCUCUGCCCUUCACCACGAAACGCUCACCUUCCUGUGGUCUGCAGUCGUCUCCAUUUUCUGCCUGGGUGGGUUCCUGGGCAACCUGUCCAGUGGGCAUGUGACCACCCAAUAUGGAAAAAAGAAAACGCUGCUGUUCAACGACAUUGUCACCAUCGCCGCCGCCCUCCUCGUUGGCUUCAGUAGGACGGCCGACUCUUUCGAAAUGAUCCUGACAAGCCGUUUCCUCUAUGGCUUCACUGCAGGUAUUUCCCUGAACACCAAUGGACCGUAUGCUGGAGAAAUUGCACCCAAGAAAUUCAGAGGUUUUGCCAUUGCCACCUGCUCUGUGUUUUUUUCACUAGGAAAAGCUUUUGGACAAAUUAUGGGCUUAAGAGAUCUCUUUGGCACAGAGUCGCUGUGGCCUCUGCUCCUGGCUCUGUGUGGGAUCCCAGCCCUGUUCCAGCUGCUGCUCCUGCCCUUCUUCCCUGAGUCCCCUCCAUACCUGUUGCUCCAGAAGGGAGACAAAGAUGGUUGCUUGAAAGCCAUGAAGUUCCUUUGGGGUGAAGGGCAUCACCAAGCUGAGUUGGAGGACAUGGUGAAGCAGAAGGAGGACAUGAGAAGCUCCAAGAACCUGAGCGUCCUGGAAGUGAUGAGCGAGAAGUCCGUGCGCUGGCCGCUGGGCCUCAGCGUCCUGCUGAUCUUCACCCUGAACCUCUCUGGCUUGAGUGCCAUCUACUUCUACGCCUUCGAAGUUUUCCGCACAGCCAAAAUUGAGGAAAGCCUCAUCCCUUACGUAGCAGUUGGCGUUGGCAGCUGCGAAUUUGUUGGUACGAUCCUAUGCAGCUGCCUCGUUGACCGCUUUGGCCGGAGGGUUCUCCUGUGGGGCGGCUUCGCGAUGAUGGGGCUGGUGAUGGUGCUCCUUGUCCUGGCCCUCUCUUUCCAGGGCCAGUUCCCCUGGAUUUCCUUUGGCAGCAUCGCCCUCAUAUUCUUGUUCACCCUCUCCUAUGGUCUUGGCCCAUCUGGUGCCAUCUUCGCGGUUAUAAUGGAGAUUUUUGGCCAGUCAGUAAGGCCAUCGGCAUUGACCAUCAUUGGAAUAGUCAGCUGGGUGGGCCUCUUCCUAGUCGGGAUGACGUUUCCUUUUCUUGUGGAGGUCCUCGGCCACUUCUGCUUCCUCUUCUUCUUCGUUGUGCUCCUCGUGGUGGGGAUCUUCAUCUACAGGUACCUGCCAGAGACAAAGGGAAGGUCCAUCAGCGAGAUCACCGAAGAAUUCAAAAGGAUGCGUUUGGGGAAGAGAAUGGCUAUCACCGCUCGGGGAAAGAUGGCCGCCACCGACCACAGUUUUUGUACCAAGUUGUGAUGGCAGCUGCUGUUUGGGUGAAGUGGGCCCUCAGGGCCAACAGGAGGGGGAGAGUAAACUCUUAGCAGGCUGGUGUUUCCGAAUGCCAGUUGAAUCAGCUGCCGGGCGGAAGGUGAACAAGGCGUUGAGGGGGAACAGAAGGCUUCCUUCUCCAGCUGCGCUUCUGAAUACUCUUCUGAAGCUAGCAUUUGCAUUGGGAAAGGGGGCUUCUCCCAUUGGUGCCAGUGAGAGUCCCCCCUCUUGAAAAGAAAAGAAAAAAGAAAGCAAAUGCCAGCUUCGGAAAAUGAAUUCUUCUCAAAACUAAGCCUAUCCUUUUGUUUAGGAGUCGGACAUGACUAAACAACAAGAACAAAAUUCCGACACAUUGAUGUUGACAUGUUUUAAUCUCUAUUUUUCUGUUAUUUUUAAUUAUCUUUCCAUGUUUUCCAGUGUUUUCAACUGUUUUUAAUGAUAGUUUUAAUAUUUAUUGUAAACGGCUUAGAGGUUUUGCUACAAUCAUGCGGUGUAUAAAUUUUGUUGAAAUGAAUAAGUAAAGAAAUCAAAGCAGAAGGGGAAAGGGUUAAAUUUGUCCCGCCCUGCCUGCUCUGAUCCCAGCC